AUGAAGCCGUACGCUCCAGCUUUCCUUCUCCUUUGGACUGCUGUCGGGAUAGCAAGGGCUGCCAAAAUCGUUGUUGUGCCGCCAAUUAUGUUUGAAAGCCAUCUUUAUAUUUUCAAGACUCUGGCCUCAGCCUUGCAUGACCAAGGUCACCAGACAGUGUUUCUCCUCUCUGAGGGCAGAGAGAUUCCUCCAUCUAACCACUAUAGACUUCAGCGCUACCCAGGGAUCUUUAACAGCAGCACCUCGGAUGAUUUUCUCCAGUCCAAGAUGAGGAGUAUUUUCUCUGGGAGACUGACAGCCCUCGAACUGUUUGAUAUCCUGGACCACUAUUCCAAGAACUGCGAUAUGAUCGUCGGCAACCAAAACCUCAUGCGUGUCCUGAAACAGGAAAAAUUUGACCUGCUCCUUGUAGAUCCCAAUGAGAUGUGUGGAUUUGUUAUAGCUCAUCUUUUAGGGGUUAAAUAUGCUGUCUUUUCCACUGGCCUCUGGUAUCCUGCAGAAGUGGGUGCUCCAGCUCCUCUGUCUUACGUUCCAGAGUUUAACUCGCUGCUCACGGAUCACAUGAACCUGUUGGAGAGGAUUAAAAAUACUGCUGUGUAUCUCAUCUCAAGGUUCGGAGUCAGUUUUUUGGUUCUGCCAAAAUAUGAAAGGAUAAUGCAGAAACACAAGAUUCUGCCUGAACGGUCCAUGUAUGACUUGGUUCAUGGAUCCAGCCUGUGGAUGCUUUGUACUGAUGUGGCGCUGGAGUUUCCGAGACCUACGCUGCCCAACGUUGUUUAUGUGGGAGGAAUCCUCACCAAACCGGCCAGCCCUCUGCCAGAAAAGGUGGAACAGUUCAGUGUAAUGUUUAAUAUAACCAGACUGGCAGUGACCUUGAAAUAG